AUGUCUGACUCUAAUAAUUAUUCAUCUGUUGUCAUUGUUGGUGCCAGUGGUUUCCUUGGUUCUCAAAUUACUAAAGCAUUCCUUAGUCAAUCAGGUGUUAAAACUCACAUUCUUGUUAGAAAGGGAAGUGAAACAAAGGUUGAAGAAUUGGUCAAGUUGGGAGCUCACUUGAUUGAAGGAGAUGUUGUUGGUUCAACUGUUGAAGAAUUGGCUCAAUCAUUGAAGGGAAUUCAAGUCAUUGUGAGUGCAGUUUCUGGUGAUCAUUCAGUUUUCUAUGAUGGUCAAUUGAAAUUGUUGAAUGCUGCCAAGUUGGCUGGUGUAAACAAGUUUAUUCCAUCAAGCUUUGGUUCAAAUUAUGAAAAUUUCGAAUUUGGUGAACUUCUUCUCAAUGAUCCAAAGAAGAAACUUGUUGUUGACUUGAAGAAUCAAACUCAAGUUGACUAUUUACUGAUUCAUACAAGUAUUUUCUACAAGUUUGCAUUCUAUCCAAACUUCCUCUUUGAAAAGGAAGGUGAUUCUUACAAAUAUUAUGGAGAUUUACAUGGUAAGGUUCAAUUGACUGACACUGCUGAUAUUGCCAAAUAUGUUGUUCAAGCUGCUUUGAAUCCAAACUUGAAAAACAAAUCAAUUAACAUUGCAGGUGAUGAAUUGACCUUGAAAGAAGUGGCUGACAUUGUUGUGGGUCCACAAGCAACUUUGGUUCGUGCUGGAUCAGCUCAAGAUUUACUCAACCAAAUCCAAGAAAAGUUGAAGAAUGGUUUUGCUCCUGAAGAAUUCCUUUCAAUCGCUUUUAGUCAAUUGAAAUGGGGAAUUGUUUCUGGAAAGUCACUUGUUGAAAAGCUUGAUAAUAAUCUCUUUGAUGUAAAGCCAACUUCUUUGAUUGAAUAUGCAAAGAAUCAAUAAAAUGAAAUAGCAUUGUAAAUUAUCAAGAAUAAUAUCUAAUAAUUUCUCUCUUAUUCAAAAUAUAACUCUGUCAAUAGAGAUCACUGGUAAAUUGAUAUCGGAUAGUGUCAAUCAAUUAUUGGAGAAUACAUCCAACUAAUUAUGUUUUGAAAAAUCAUCAAGAAUUGUUAUUACUUUU